GACGGAAGCCAUGUGAUAGAUGCUGAACCCAAAGAUUACACCGAUGCUUUCUUACAAAAGAUAAGCCAAAACGCCAAAGAAGGGGUUACCGAUAGUUCCUUUGACCGAAAUCAAGACGUGGUUGAUGCAAAAAGACUAAAGAUGAGUUUUAUGUAUUUUCUUUACAGUGACGAAUCACUCGCUAUCAGCAUUAUGGAUCUGUGGGUGGCUGGCCAAGAGACGACUUCUUCGGUUGUUUGUUGGGCAUUGAUCUUUCUGUUAAGAAAUCCGCAAGUAGCGACUAAUGUCCGAAAAGAAGUGCAGAGAGCAACUGGAGGUUCAAGACCACUUUCUCUCACAGACAAACCUCAAACACCAUAUCUCCUAGCUACCAUCACUGAAGUCCUGCGGUUGGCCUCUGUUCUAAAUAUGAAUCUUUUUCGAAAAACUGACUCAGAUACGGAAAUUGAUGGUUAUCCCGUUCCAAAGGACACAGUGGUAGCAAUACAAUUGUCUUUGGUUCUUAGCGAUGAGAACAAGUUUCCAAAUCCCGAUGUGUUCGAUCCGUCUAGAUAUAUCUCUGAUCCUUCGCUAACUUCAGCUGUGAUUGCAUUCGGACUCGGAAAGAGAUCAUGCAUUGCAGAAUCGCUAGCAAGAGCUGAGCUAUAUUUGGUCAUCGGCAACAUAUUGCUACGGUACACCUUGAAAUGUGUCGAUAGACUACCACCUGUGGAAGAAUUAAACAAGGAUGGCAUUUUCAGAAAACCGAAGCACUUCAAAAUGAUUUUCAACAAGUUCACUUAG